UUCGAUCAGCUUCUUCUCUUAUUGCAACCUCCAGGCAACUUCCCACUGGCAGGCCCCGACUUCACCUCCACUGCUGAAUAUUUUUGUAUCCUCACCAUGGCCUGAGUAUUCCAUUUUUGAUUGAAUAUUAUCUUUGAUCCUCCGGUGCACUCCCGGCCCUUACCUCCCCUCACCCACGCAUCACAAUCAUGGCGCCGGCAAGACCUAUACUGCUACGGUUCGAGAGCCGGAACGGCCAGUUCAGGUUAACGGUGAACCCGACAGACGAAUUCCCAUCCCUUCUGCCAAAGGUGCUGGAUAACCUUCCCAAGAAUACUGCUCCUCCAUCUGUUGUACUUUCGAACAAACCGAUAGGGACUGGAGGCCAGGAAAGAAAUAUCUCAACUCUGAAGGGGCUUACUAUCCAGCGGGUUGGACUAUCUCACGGAGACAAACUUUUCGUUGGUUAUGAAGAAGAGACCGCUGUGGUAAAUGGCAGCUCGGGUGACCAUCCAUCCUCUACCUCCCGACCACAGAACGGAUCACGUCGCCUGGACGGCGUUGCGGUGAGGCAACAAGAACCAGUUCCUCCUCCUGCCCAGGCGAUAACAUCUACGACGCUUAUUAAGACCCCGUGGGAGGUUGUUAAGCAGUCACCCCUCGAUGAUCGAUUGGAUGGAAAGGAUGGAAAAAUAAGUCGUGGCCUAGAUUACAAAAUGUGCAGGCAUGGACCAAAAGGCAUGUGCGAUUAUUGUAUGCCCUUGGAGCCAUAUGCACCUGAGUAUCUUGUGGAGAAGAAGAUAAAACACCUCUCAUUUCACUCAUAUCUCAGGAAAAUAAAUUCAUCUACAAAUAAGCCGGAGUUAAAGAGUUCCUAUAUUCCCCCUCUCACAGAACCCGACUACAGGGUGAAAAGAGACUGUCCAUCCGGCCAUCCCGCUUGGCCAGAGGGGAUCUGCACCAAGUGCCAACCAAGUGCGAUCACGCUGCAGCCCCAACCAUUUCGUAUGGUUGAUCACGUUGAGUUUUCUUCUCCUGACCUGAUUAAUUGUUUAUUGGACUUUUGGCGAAAAUCUGGAGCUCAACGACUUGGCUUUUUAUACGGAACUUAUGAGGAGUAUACCGAAGUUCCUCUUGGGAUAAAGGCUGUCGUCCAAGCAAUCUAUGAACCACCACAACUCGGUGAAAUAGAUGGUGUGACGCUUCACGAAUGGAGUAACGAAAAGGAUGUUGACGAAGUUGCCAAAUUAUGUGGAUUGGAGAAAAUUGGUGUCAUAUUCACAGACCUCAUGGACGCCAGAGCUGGGGAUGGUACAGUUAUUUGCAAACGGCAUAUUGACUCUUACUAUCUCUCUUCUCUGGAAAUUAUUUUUGCAGCACAACUGCAAGCCAGAUACCCAAAAGCAACAAAAUGGAGUGAAACGGGCCAGUUUGGAUCGAAUUUUGUCACUUGUGUGCUUAGCGGAGAUGAGGACGGUGCAAUUUCGAUUAGCGCAUACCAAGCAUCUAACUCCGCAGUUGAAAUGGUGAAAGCCGAUAUAAUUGAGCCCUCUGCAGAUCCCGGGGUUAUGCUUGUACAACAAGAAAACGAACCUGAUGAUGAUCUGAGCAAAGCUCGGUAUAUUCCCGAGGUAUUUUACCGCAGAGUCAACGAGUAUGGCGCCAAUGUCCAGGAAAAUGCGAAACCGAGUUUCCCUGUUGAAUACCUCCUUGUCACUCUAACCCAUGGGUUCCCAACUGACCCUGACGUUAUGUUCAACGAUUCGACUUUCCCAAUCGAAAACCGCGAGGUCAUUGGAGAGAGCCAGGAUUUGAGAACGCUCGCUAAUAAGCUGGUGUCGCACGGUGACCCUAACAAGGCGAUAUGUGCUGUAUCGGACUUCCAUCUCCUUUGCUUCCUCCAUGGGCUUGGAAUCUUAAAUAAGGACGAAGAAUCUCUUUUAUGUACCGUUGCCCGGACCCAUGAUCCCGCGGAUGGCAUGCAAUUAGUCAACACACCCGGCUGGGCCACCUUGGUUACAAUACUUCAGGAGAGCGCUUAGGAUAGCAUUUUCCCAAACCAUAUCCACCCUCUCGUGAUAGAAUUUCCUUGCUCUCGUUACGAAAAUCGGAUUUGCAGUUUAAAUACAAUAUGGUGCAUAUACGUUCACGAACCUUUGCCAACCCAUCUUUCUAUUUACCAUCCUACUUCGAGAUGCUUCGCUAGCACCGCGUCUACCUGCACCUCUAUCUCUUACUACUGGCAUAGCUUUCUCUUUACAGUCAUUCCUUUCAAACCCAACUAAAACCGCGCCUUGUCCUGAUAGCGAUGAAUGGAAGCGCAAGGAGAUUGGGGGUUAGAAUAGCCUGAAGCUAUGCACUCGGAACUUCUGUGGUUUUUAUUAAAAAAGAUAAACCGAACAUAGUCAGCUUGAGCAUCAUUGAAUAAUAGUAAAUGAUCAAUGUAAUGCUGAUGAGAAUUUGGAGCUUCCGUGAAUUUUAUCUCCGAUUACCCCUUUCCCUCUUGGAUUUAUCAUUUAUCAUUUAUCAUGGUAUUUUAGAGAUCGAGCAGGAUGACAUUUAUUUACACCAAUUAGCUCAAGACUUUAAUAUUUACAGUUUAGAUCCACUUGCCCAAACAUGCGCCUUGCUCGGGUUACGCAAUUGAAUAAAAAAUAGAAAAGGAAAAAAAGGAAAAAAAGAAAAAAAAGGAAAAAAAGGAAAAAAAGGAAAAAAAGGAAAAAAAGGAAAAAAAGGAAAAAAAGGAAAAAAAGAAAAAAAAGAAAAAAAGAAAAGAAAAGAAAAGAAAAGAAAACAGAAAAUUGCGCCUUCGGAUAGAACAAAUUAAUAGCCGAAAGAGCGAAAUGGAAGCCACAGGAGUACAAUUUUCCCUCAGGAAGAGGCUGAAUCUGCUUUUCAUAAACCUCAACUCACAGCUUGGCCAACUUCUUCAGCCUGUCUCCUAGCAAAGCCUUGCCCUUAUCCGUUCGCCAAACCUCAUGUGGCGCACCUUUGACCACAUCCCACGCUACCAAAUUAUUAGUUAUAUUGGUCAGAUCCUUCUGCUUAUCUGCCCACCUCUGGCUCCUCCUAACUUCAAUACCAGAACUAACAACAACCAACCGCAUGGACGGAGACUGAAUGUGCUUCGCGCUGGCAAUCUCGCUUUUCGUCGUCGAAUCCGCAACAAGGUUCUCCUGCAACUUCGCUUUGAUGAAUCUUCCAUUCUGGUACGCCACUUUACCGUACACGCGGUCUUCCCUCGUGCGGCGCUUGAAUAUCGCCCCAGCCAACCUAUCCAGUCCAAGCGGGGAGAAUAUCCCGCGCAGCCAGAGCUUGAAGCCACGACCUGGUUUGCCUAUCUCCGGCAACAGGUCCUCGUGCAAGGCGUCAAUUAGCAUCAGACCCGUGAUGUCGCCGGCAUGUCGACUGGCGAAAAUGCGGCUGUAUAUCCCCCCGACGCCAGCGGAUACGACGACCCAUGGACCUUCCUCAUCUGCUAGAGCUAGAGUUUCAGAGAGGACGUCGGCGGACAUGCCUGCAGAGUGUGGAGAUGGGGCAUUGUCCGACCACCCCAUGCCGGGUCUGUCCCAGUAGCAGUAUCGAUCAAUUGAGCCAUUGCGAUACGCCUCAUGUACCCAGCUUCGAAAACUGUCUUCGACGGGCAUUUCGCCGGCUUCCAGUAGGACAGUUGCGCUGCGAUUACCCGCUUUUGAGGAGGGGAUCGUACCAACGCAAUCUAGGUGGAUUUGGUAUUUGUCGUUGUCGACGUAAUAUUUCUUCCCGGGAGCAGGGAGGCCGGCAUCCUUGGCGCGCAGGAUCAAAGUGGCCAUGAGCAAAAUGGCCACGAGAACCGUUACGGUGGUAACUAUAGUCUCGACCAGGACGGCAAACCACUCUCGCAGCGUUCGCCGCGUUUCUUGUCUUCCCGUCAAGCGCUCCUCCUCCUCACGCUUGCCCCAUGCGACGAAACGGGUUUGGGCUAAUAGGUACAGGCUGAUCAUCGUCGCCCAUGCGGCGGAGGCAAUACCUACCCAUCCCUCCUCGACGCGGAGACGGGGCACGCCGACUAUGAUGAACAAGUUUACUGCUAGGAAGAGGGAGAGGACCGCGCCCCAUAUGGUCAUGGGCCUCGAAGGGACGGAAAAAAAUAUUAGGGCAAUUAACAGGUUGGCCAUGGUCAGGGUGGUGAAGGAGAAAUCGAGGAAACCGGAGCCGCGGCUGUUCAUACCCGGUGGACUGACGAAAGUCGAUGCGAGCAGUAGAAUCCACCAGAUCAGGUUUACUACCAGGAAGAGGAUGGUGAAGCUUCGCAGCGCCCGGACGCUCCAGAGGUUGUAUGGAGAGACCUGUUUGUGAUCAGCCUUUUCUUUUCUUUUUCCUCUUUUGGGCAAUAAACGUCCAUGGAGGAUUAUUCUGGGAAGGUUAAGAGAGAAGAAAUUGAAGACUUACUGCUGGGUCGUCAGGAUCUAAAUAUCCACCCCGUGGUAGCAGGCGAGAUCGUUCUGUUGGCUCCUCUCUCCGAUGCCCUCUUCCUGCGCCUUCAUCUUCACCAUGUUCUUCUCCCUCGCUGUGCUCCUCGCGCGUUCUCAAACCCCAUAGCGGAGACAUUGUGUGAGAAAAAAGUCCCCCUAGCUCACUAGAAAUAAAGAGUUAUCGAAGUUGUCAACAAGAGAUAUCACAGGGCGCUGGUAAGCCCUUUCGUAAGUAGACGACCUAGAGAGCAAACGGAGUCCAUAAAACCAAAAUUUAGAUAUUAAGGAAUGCAAUACAAAGGUGAUUUGAUUCAUAAUUUGUUUUUUGCCGUGGCGAAGAGACCUUCUUCUACCAGACCCGGUCUUCGAGAGAGUUGCUGAUAUCGUCAUUGGCAGGAUGAUGUGAUGUCAUCGAGGAGUUCUAAGCUUUAAAUAAGGUUGCUCCCGUGAUAUCAUUUUUAUUUUCUAUCUCCAACCGCCGCAUCAAAGCAUAACAAUAAUAUACUCUAUACAGCUUCCUUUCCAUGCUUUUUUUCAUCUUUGAAACAAUGUUGCUACCAGGAAAAUAUAUCUGUUCCACACGUUCCCCCUCAAUCCAGAGCCUAUGUUUCUCUCUCCUGCCUCAAAAUUGAGCUUUACACAACAGUAUCCGGGCUAUUCGACCAAUUAAAAUAGCAACAUAAAUAAACUGUGAUAUGAUAAUGCUUUUUACCUUAAGGGUCCAACUUGAAAGGCUUCCUGUCAUCCCAUCAUUGGGAUAUGACCCCAUAUGGAUAAUUUCGUGGACCGUCACGUACGUUUCCAUCAUCGGUUUUGUUCACAUAUAAUAAUGACAAUAACGUUGGAAUUGUCCAUAGCUUAAUGGGUAGUAGAUACUUGCAAUGAUCGGAG